UGACGUUUAGGGGUACUCCUGGCAAAUACAGGAAGCUUCGGUUCCAGUCGGCGGUCCACCAUCUUAUACUCGCCUAUUUUGUUCUUCAGUCGUCUUCUUCACGCAGGCGAAGAGGAAAACCACCGCCAAAGCUGAAGCAAAGCCACCGCAACCGCCAUUUCAGUCAGGCAACAAUAAAGGGAGCAGAUUGGGAUCCUGGAUCGUUGCCUCUCUAGGGUUCACUAUUCACACGCCAUGGACAAAAAUUCCCUUAGUCUGCAACUUCUCUUCCUUUCUCUCCUCCUCACCUUCGCCUCCGCAGAGAUAAAAAACCUGAAGAUCACGUCCGAUUCCCGCGGCAUGAUACUCUUCGAGAAAUUCGGCUUCACCCAUACUGGACAUGUCAUGGUCUCCGUCACCGAUGUCUCAUACCCAUCGGCCCCCCAACUAGACCUCUCCCGAUUCGGCUUCUUCCUCCUAUCCGAAGAAGCUCUUAUUCAGGUUCUCCUGGAAGCCGAACCGAACCCUAAUUUCUGCAUCCUUGAUAGCCGCUACAUCACCCUCCUCUUCACCUUCAAGUACCUCUCCUUGUCUGACCGGAGCUACAACCACUCGUACUCCGUCUCUGCCCCCAAUGAAUAUAGUCUUUACUUCGCCAACUGCGCCCCAGAUAGCCAGGUCACCAUGACCGUACGCACCGAGAUCUACAACACCGACAACGGCGUCAAGGACUUCCUGCCCGCUGGCCAGACCCAGCUGCCUGUGCUUUAUUUCCUCUUCUCACUCGCGUAUUUUGCUUUCCUAGGGUUUUGGGCCUUCAUCUGCUACACUAACAGGCUCUCACUUCACCGUAUCCACCUCCUUAUGGGUACUCUCCUCCUCAUGAAAGCCUUGAAUCUGAUCUGCGCCGCCGAGGAUAAGCACUACGUUAAGGUCACUGGGACACCUCACGGUUGGGACGUUCUCUUCUAUAUAUUUCAGUUUCUCAGGGUUGUCUUGCUCUUCACUGUGAUCGUCCUGAUUGGGACGGGCUGGUCUUUCCUUAAGCCAUUCUUGCAGGACAGAGAGAAGAAGGUUUUGAUGAUCGUGAUCCCUCUCCAGGUUCUCGCCAACUUGGCUUCUGUCGUGAUUGGGGAGACUGGGCCCUUCAUCAAGGAUUGGGUCACUUGGAAUCAAGUGUUUUUGUUGGUCGAUAUCGUGUGCUGUUGUGCCAUUAUCUUCCCGAUCGUGUGGUCCAUCAGGUCCCUGAGAGAGACCUCCAAGACUGAUGGGAAGGCUGCCCGGAAUUUGGCCAAGUUGACCCUUUUCCGGCAGUUCUACAUUGUUGUGAUUGGUUACUUGUACUUCACCAGGAUUGUCGUCUUUGCGCUCAGGACCAUUGCUGCUUACAAGUAUCAGUGGGUAAGCAAUGCCGCAGAGGAGGCUGCGAGUCUUGCUUUCUAUUUGGUGAUAUUUUAUAUGUUUCGGCCGAUUGAGAAGAACGAGUACUUUGUCCUUGAUGAGGAGGAAGAAGAGGCUGCGGAGGCAGCUCUUCGGGAUGAUGAGUUCGAGCUUUAAAACUGAUAUCAGGGAGGAGUUUUUGUUCAUUGUCAUGUCCUUGUCUACUCUUCAAUUUAGCAUCUUGAGAAUUGGGUUGCCAGAUUUACUGUUGAAGAGGAGUUCCUGUUCCUUGUUGCGUUGCGACUUCUCAAAAUCUACUGGUAUAUUCUGGCCGUUGAAAAUGGAAUUUUUGUUUUGUCAUCUUACCGCCAUGCCCAUGCUAAUCCUGAAUUAGGAGUAAGUUUUGUAUUUGAUUUUAGUUACCUCAGAUCUCUUGGUGUUAAAGGAGCUACUUGUCCUAACAUUAUGUGUUUACUUCUGUGAUUGCUUUUACUUAGCUGGGAAUUGGUUC